AUGAACCUGGAUUUUCCUUCUAUUGAAGAACGUUUAGGCACAGGGAGUCUCUGUUUAAGAACGUUUAGGCACGUUGAGUAUAUGUUUUUGUUUUGUGACUAUCUUUUUCCAUUGUCACAGCACAUUAAAAGGGCGGCUUUGCAUGAAUUUAAUGCGAAAAGUGCUGAAGUUAUAUGUGAGCUCAGGUAUGACCUUCCCAAGCUCUACAAGUUCCAUAAGCGAAAAGAGGUUGAUAUUGCGGUUGAUCUCUGGCGUUUUGAGCCUAGACAGAACUAG